AAGAGCUACUCGAGGCUAAGAAGCUGGAAUUGAUACAAGAAAAGAUGGAAGCCGAUCGUGCCGCAGACGAAGCACGACGCCGCCGAGGCGAUGCCGACAGACGUCAACAAGAUGGCCCUGUACCGAGGGACAGGGAUCGCGGUGAGCGCGGCCGCGGCCGUGGUGGCGGGGAUAUGUGGCGUGGUCGCAACAGUGACAGGGACUACGACCAGAGAGGUAGACAUGGAGGGCGGUUCGGCGGCAACAGGUCGCGCUCACCGGCUGCGAGGAAUCGCGACCAGAGGGACAGAGGCUCGUUCCGUGGGUCCACUAGAGACAGCUACGUCCCUAGAGAUCGCGGUCUCGGCGGUCGAGCAUCUGGCCGCCGUCGCAACGAAAAGCGCUCUCCGUCUCCGGCGUCUGUCACCUCACGGUCACGCAGCUCCGAACGCAAGCGAGACUCGAGUCGUGGCCCACCCCCACCUCCCGCCCGACGAACUCGUCGAGAACGUAGCAUAUCCAGCCCCAGGCCUACAAGAAAUCGAUCGGUGUCGCCCAGAAGGAGUGAGGGUAACUAUCGCGAAUCACGAAGGAAGAGGAGAUCGUCGCGAAGCCCUUCGACGCCCUCAACAUCGCCCGAUAAACGAGCAGCUGCAAAGCGCCGCAGAUACUCAUCCUCACGGAGUCGUUCACCAGUUCGCGAUAGACGAUCCCACAGUAGAGGCUCGAGUUCAGUCUCAUCUCGAAGUUCCAGAUCUCGCAGUCGUAGCUCUACGCGUCGAACCUCUCGGGGACGUGCGAGUCCGAGAUCUCGAAGCAGCCCGCGGCAUCGUCACGGUAGUAGCGUCCCCCGCUCUCCAAAUCCCAGCGGUCGCGGUAAGACGGCUGAUGACACGAAUGAGACCGACCAAGAGAGCAGAAGAGGCCAGGGAGGGGAUGAGGCAAAAGGAAGCAGUAGACGCAAGUCAUAGCUUCGCCCCGUUGAGAUCGGCUGAUCACGUUAAGAGAUGCAUUAUUGCCAGGUCUUCCAGCGGCGAUCAUGAAGGCAGAAUACCACAGCAGAAGGAGAAAUAAGCCAGAGACGCUAAGCUCGCAAUUUGCCUCAUUCACAAACGGCUAAGGCUAAUCGUCUAAGAAGUUUUUUCUGCAUACCUUACACAUACAUACGAGUUCACUAUUCAAGGGGGUGGAGGGUCUAAGGCG